GAACCGUCUGUACGUCAGUGCUUUUUGAAUGGUACAUAGCUGUAGGACGUCUACAAAGAACAGUUUGAAAGGAAUUCUAUCUCGUUUUUCGCAGGACUUAAUGGGGGCACUCUGCCCAUAUUGCGACGCAGCUGACAGCUAGUUUCGGUCUCCCACAGAAAUUCAGCUUGCUAUCUUUGCAGUUAUUGGCUUAUUUCUAUACCAAUAUAAACAGCGAGGAGGCUUGCAUUUUCGUUAUAACCAACGAAAUACAAAGGAAGCCAAACUUAUUUGGGUUCUGGAAUUUGUUCGCAUGCAUUGUCGUUUAGAAACCUACGCCUCAAAUAACAUCUACCUCUAGCUAGGCUAGUUGAUACUCUAUUCACAUGUCUAAAAUUAAAUAGCCAAGAUUAAAUAUUACGUUUGCUAUCACACAGCGGCACAUACCAACCGAUGACGACGUUUGGAGUUCAGCUCUGUGCUCGAGACUACUUUUUGUAGCCACGUAUAUGGACUCGUCUGUCAUUUCUCUGCCGCUGACAGGUGCCAGCGAAACUACGGAGCACAACAAAGAGAACGACAAGAACAUGGGCUCUUAAGUGUGUUGUCAAGUUAUCAAGGGAUGAUCAGCGACACGCGGUAUAAAACGUAAUUAAGUGUAAUUAAUUGUGAAGAUUCCUGUCACAUAAAGGCUACAGGCUUAGUUGCAUGCAAGGGAGUUUUAGCAGGCUAGGCUACAUAUGUAAGUAGGCUAUGCUAAGCUCAGUUCGAUAAAUCAUGUUUUACUUACAUUCUAAAACAACAUCCUUUCACAAAUAAGAAACUAGUCUUAGUAAAUGCAAAAAUAACUAUUUAGGCUAAGUGGCGAUAUUCACAUGCUCGAUAAAUGCUUGGAUCCAACUGUCAUGCUAGAGCUUUUAUUCUUCUAGCGUAUAGCUAGGUGUAAGCAAUCAAUAUAGCUUGCACAUAAGGAGAAAAUGUGCGCGGCAACCGAAAACGAAAUUUUAGACAGCCACCAAUGUCAGCCGUCCCCGCAACCUCAAAACGGCGUUGACUUUGUUUGUGACAGAAGUAAAAUUCUGCCGCCGUUCAGCGUUGUGAUAUCCACCGUUCUAUACGUUGCCGAGUUCGUCAGCGCGGCGAUAAUUUGUAGCAUCUACGACGAGACAGAUGACCCUGUGUGGUUGGGAUUUACCAUCACUUUCAUGUUAGUGCCUGCUGUGCUGACACAGUUGGCCCUGACUUUCAUCCACCGAGAUUUGGGAAGAGACCGACCUCUUGUUCUUUUUUUACAUCUCCUACUUUUGGGACCCAUCAUCAGAUGUAUCGAAGCCUUGAUGAUAUACUUCCAGGCAGGUCGGCAGGAGGAGCCCUACGUCACCAUCUCCAGGAAGUUCAAGCUGAAGAAGGGCCAGCGAACGCACAUGGAGUGGGAGAUCGGCCACUCCGAGCGCAAGCUGGCCGCCCACCGCAACGCCUUCAAACGCACCGCUGUCAUACAGGCCUUCCUGGGCUCCACCCCUCAGCUCACCCUGCAGCUCUACGCCACCAUCCAGGAGAAACACCUGCCAGAAGCCAGAGCGGUCCUUAUCGCCAUCACGCUCCUCUCCGUAACCUACGGAGCAGUGGUGUGCAGCGUGCUCGCCAUCCAGAUCAAGUAUGACGACUACAAGGUGCGGCUGCGUCUGGUGGCCUACCUGUGCAUGGUGGUGUGGCGCGGGCUGGAGAUCGCCACCCGAACCAUAGCCCUGGUGCUCUUCAGCACGGCGCUCACCUACUGGGUGGUGCUGGUGGGGCUGGCCAACCUGCUGUUCUUCUUCUUUCUGCCCUGGGUAGAGUUUUGGAUGAGUAAGGCCUCGCUGCCGGACAACGUGGAGAAGCACAUGAGCAAGCUGGGUACCACGGUGGUGCUGUGCCUGGUCACCUUCCUCUACGCCGCCAUCAACAUCUUCUGCUGGUCGGCGGUGCAGCUGAACCUGGCCCACCGCGACCUCAUCGAGAAGCAGCUGAGCUGGGGCCGCCUGGCUCUGUACUACUCCAUGCGCUUCGUGGAGAACGUCUUCCUGGUGGUCAUGUGGUACUUCUUCAAGACGGACUUCUACGAGUACGUGUGCAGCCCUCUGCUGGGGGUGCAGCUGCUGAUAGGAUACGGCCUGGCCGUGCUCUUCAUGAUGCUGUUCUACCAGUACUGCCACCCCUGCCGCCGCCUCUUCCGGCACAACGUGGCCGACUGCCUGCGCUGCAUCUGCUGCAGGAGGCACGCCGGCCACCCUCCCGCCUCCCCCGAACACACGCUCCCGCUGCCCCCCGACCUCACCAGCCAGCUGGGCGACUGCGAGGCGCCGCUUGUCGAUGAGGUGCUGGCCGUGGACUGAGUGGGCCGUUCUUCGGCGUAGCGUGUCACUGGCCUGCUCCCCUGCCAGACGUCCAUACUGUGGAUUGUCGCACAAUGAGAGGCAGGGAGAGCGCAACAAGCUCCUGUGGAUGAGCUUUUCUUGCUGUAGGGACGGACAGUCAGGGAAAUUGUCUGAACGAGGUCAGACAUCUGCACUUUGGACACUCGGGGUGAUUCUAAAAAGCUGUCAUAUUAGAUCCAGUGGUGGCUUAAGCUGAUUCUUAGAAGUGGCAUCCAAAGAAUACUGUCAUCUUAUUAUUGACAUAGGCUUCACAGUACAUUAAUGUGCAGAUAAUAACAACCAAUGAAGUUUGAACACGUGAGUGCUAUUUAGGAAAGAAUUGCAGGCAGUUUCUAUGUUAGUACAUGUAUGCAAUAUACAGUGCAGUCUGUAGGUACUUGCACAGUGACACAAUUUUUGUUGUUUUGGCUCUGUACUGCAGCACAUUGGAUUUGAAAUGAAACAACGAUUGGUUAAAGUGCAGACUGUCAGCUUGUCAAUUUUUGGGUAUUUGCAUCCAUAUUGGGUGAUCGGUCUAGGAAUUACAGCCCUUAUUAUACGUAGUCCCCCCCAUUUUAAAGGACCAAAGUAAUUGGGCAAAUUUAUAUAAUCAGUCAUCAUAUUUAGUAUUUGGUUGCAAAUCCUUUGCAUUCAGUUGCUUCCUGAAGUGUGUGACCCAGGGACACAAGACACAGGGUGUGCUUGGUGAUGCUCUGCCAGGCCUGUACUGCAGCCCUCUUCAAUUACUCUUUGUUUUGGGGGCUUUUUGCCUUCAGUGUUGUGUUCAGCAAUUUGAAUGCUUGUUCAACUGAAUUCAGGUCAGGUGAUUGAUUUGAUUAGUGAAGAACAUUGCACUUUUUGGUCCUGAAAAACAUCAGGUUCAAGCUGCAAUAUGAUUGGGUCAUUGUCACACUGCAGGGUAAAGCUCUGAGUUUUGAGACAUUUGUUGGAUCUGAGCAGAUAAGAUAUUUGUGUUCAGAAUUCAUCCUGCUUCUACCCGCAGAAGUCAUCAUCAAUGAAGUUCCACUGCCAGCCAUACAUUUCCAAACCAUAACUACCUUGAGCAAGGAAGACUACUACUGCUUUACUAGCAUUGAAACUUAUUUGGCCUAGAAUCAGCUCUGGAACUUUUAGCAAAAUUUCCUGUGCAUGAACUAAUGCACAGCUGGCCAAGAAAUAGCUGAGGAGCCAAUUGGCCAAUUACCUUUGGUCCCCUAAAAUGGGGAAACUAUGUAUAAUUCUGAAAUAGUUCACCAGAUAUGGAUGAGUAUACAUCGGAUUAAAGAGGAACAUGACCCAUUAGCCUAGUAUUCAAUGUUUCAUUCACAUCCAGAGUUCGGGAGUACGGAGCCAAACCAAUAAAUGCCACUGUCCAAAUACUUAUGGAUUGUACGGUUUAUGAUGUGCAGGCAUUAGUAAAGCUGGUACUAUAGAUUGUGGCAAAGCUGGUACCAUUGAUUCUGGUAAUAAAAUCAUGAAGGAACAUUAAAGAAGCCAGUGAUCUCAACAGAAUUGCACAUUUCAAUGUAAGCAAAUUAUAUGAUAAAUCUAUACAACAGAGAUUCUCUUCCUGAACAUGUCCUUUAGCAACAAAAUUACAGUUCUAGCGUGUGAUGUUACCGUAAUGGCUUCCCAUCUUCUCCACAGAUUUUUUGCAUUGCGAUUCAAAACUAGUUAGCACAAUUCAGAGUGUGAAUCCUGAUUCAGCUGAGCACAUUCAUAUUUAUUAAUGUAAUCAAUAUCCCUUCUGCCUGACUACACAGAAAUGGGUUGUAUUGUUACUGUGAUUGUUUCAUUGUAUGAGUCACCUUAAUAUUGUAAAUAUUUUACAGCUACUGAAACAAAAAAUAGCCCCUGUAGCUGAUGUUUAUGGAAUGAAAAGAUAGGUAGUGGUUAGUAUAUAUGUUUUUCACCAUUAGUCUUUAACUUGCAUCUUGCUUGUACUGUAUAUGUGUCUGUACAUUUUGUUUUAAAAGGGGAUGCACCAAUUCUAUACCUUUCAGCUUCUGCAAUAUGCUGAAUCCAACAUAAAAUAUUUGUUUGCACAGCAGACAUAUGAUACUACUGCUUGCAUUCAUCUGCAUUUGGGAAAUGGACACUCCAUACACUAUCAACUGGAUUGUGUGUGAAUCCUACAUUUUUAUUCAUGUCCUGGCUUCAUUGUCUCUUGCAGCAAUGUGACACUUACAAGAAAGUUAUCUUUAUUACAGUAAAGAAUCUUCAAUUUGUGUUGAGCUUCUGUCUGCCAUGAAAUAACUCACGCUGUCUAUGCUUAUCAUCAUCAAUCAAGUGUGGUCAAUGCAUGCCAUUUGGAUUGGGUGUCCACUUGCAUGUUUGUUUGGCACAUGCUACUGAAUUAGCAGUGGCUGUGCAUGUCAUUAUGGCUUGUACAUACUAGGUGUCAUUAUCAUGUUUCUGGGACUGUAGCAGACAACCAUUUGUGUGUGAGGUUGCAUGUACAGUAUGUUGCCAUCCUGUUUGUACUGUAAUAAUGGGUUGACUUGAGUUUUCUUUCUGUCAAAAAAUCUGUGGCAUUUCCGCUGUGUGGCAUGAUCAGCUGAAUCAUAGCUGCUUCUUAAUACAUUGCAUUUAUGUAGUGCCUUUCAACUUUCUUUUGCAACUGUAAUGGCCCUGUCACUACCAAAACACAUCUUCCAAAUGUUUCAUAAUUAUACUGUGCUCUCUCCACCUUGAUUAUAAUUCUGCAUUGCAUAUGACUAAUGCUUAUUGUUUUUCUGGAAUGACCUUCUUGCAAUGUGAAAUGUUGUCAUGCAGGGCCUUUACAUUUUUAUAUUUUGUAUUUACACUGUUCCGCCAAAACAUAAUUCACUGUGGAAUACAGUAAACAAGAUGUAACUGCCAAUGUUACAUGCCACAUUACAAGCAACAUUAGCCAGCAUUGCUGUCGAGCAUAUGGAAUUCAGGCAUUGCGACUAGAAUCUCUGAGUUAAAAAAAAACUGGUAUUCAAAUUUGUGCAUCCUUAACCUUAAUUUUGAGAUGUUUUACAUUUGAAAGAAACAAUGUGCUACUUUGUAAAGCAGUGCCUUGAUUGAAAAAAACAGCCUAUGAAUAGCAUUCCCUUGUGUUGCAAUAGCAGGUUCAGGAACAAAUUAAGGAUGGUGGUGUAAGUGGGGCUUAGAUAGGAAUAGACUCAGGGAUAUAGAGCAGGCCACAGGCAAAACUCACAAAAUCAAGAACCAGUUCAGAACCAAGAACCAAAUCAGGUCUACUAAAAACGGCAAAUUCUACAUCAAAACAGCAAAAAGGUAGAUUAAACUGCACACUUAUAACAGUACAAACCAAAUAUUCCAACAAAUAAGUUAAUGUGCAUCAACAGAACUACAUCCUCCUCCUUGCUUUCUGAUAUCACCUGACUAGAUGACUCAGUUCCCAGAACGUACUUCCUUUCCUCACAUGAUUUCUUGUACAAAGUGGCAGGAGCAGCCAUGUUGGCACAGCAACAGAGACACACAAAGGCAGGUUUCACAAUCGAGCAUUGCAACAGGUUGAUUCGUCUUAUCUGUGGCCCAAGCAAUGUUUUUUUAAUGACCACAAUCACAGUUCUGCACCAUGAACAUGUAAAUAACUAGACUAAUACAAUUGAAUUCUGAAAGGAAUUUCUUUGAUAGUUUCUUUUUUAUAAGAACUGAGUUGAAUAAUGAUAUCCGUGACAUUUUAGAUAUGAAAUUGGUUUCAAACUAUAUACCAUACAGAACCCUUCAGAUUUAAGUGUUUGUUUGCAUUGAACCAGAAAUAUCUGAUAUCUGAACAGAUUAUGGUCGGCAUAAAGCAGGUCUGUCAGUGGGGAAAGGAAAACCAUUAAUCGGUGACUGCUAAAUCUUUUUUCUUUCUUUUUUGGGAAUAUUUAAAUAUAAUGCACUCUUUACUGUGGUUUAAUUCAAGGCAAGAUGUAAUGUUGGCCACAACUGCAACUGCAUUAGUCAUUUGCCUACAUGUAUGACAAUCGUAUAAAUGUGCUGCUAGAAUUCAUACUUGGAGCCUCACCAGUAACUAAAGUUUAUAAUUGAGCAGUUUUUGUACUUAACGAUAACACUGAAGUGCCUGUGUGCUGCUGUACCUUUCACUUCAUUUUAAAAACAUAAAUGAUGAA